UUGUUGAGUAACCUGUUUGCUCAUGUCAGGAUCUGGUUAUAAACUCAGAGAAGAGCCUCAGAUCCAAGCACUUUGUCAGUCACUUUCACCAGAGCAAGAUCCCAGCAAGACAGAUCUCCAUAAUGCUGCCCCCCAUGCUGGUCCUUCUUGGGUUCCUCAGCCUCCAGGUUCUAGCAUCCGAUCGGAUCCCCCCUGGACAGAAAUACGAGGUUGUCUUGCCACGUAAACUUCAUACACAGCACAAAAGAGAUACACAGAGUAAGCAUCCCGACCUGGUACAGUAUGGACUAGAACUGGAGGGACAACCCUUUGUUCUACACCUUGAGAAAACAGAGGGCCUGAUAUCCGAGAAUUAUACAGAGACGAGUUACCUGCCAGAUGGCACGCCAGUCACGAACAGCCCUCGGCUCCAGGAUCACUGCUACUACCACGGACACGUGAAGAACGACAGCGAUUCAGCGGCCAGCAUUAGUACAUGCAGCGGAUUAAGUGGGGUUAUUGUGACACGCGGCCGGCGGUUCUUGAUCGAGCCUUUGAAGUUGACAGACACGGAAGAACAUGCCGUGUUCCAGGCUCCAGAAGAGCCCCCCAAAACCUGCGGAGUGACCAACACCACCUGGUUGGAAGGAAAGUCUUUCAAGUCAUCCCGUAGCAGCGGUGCCGAGAAACAAGCAUUCUUACGGUCACAGAAAUAUGUGCGCCUGUACAUGGUCGCAGAUAACACUAUGUUUGUAAAAUACGACCGCAGCGCAGAAACUGUUAAAAAGAGAAUCUUUGAGAUUGUUAACUAUGUCAACUUGGUGUAUAAAGCCAUAAAUACUUUUGUGGCUCUCACUGGGAUGGAAAUCUGGGAGAAAAGUGACCAGUUUCAAGUUGUCCCCUCGGCAUCUGUAAAUCUGGAUAGGUUUUCUUCCUGGAGGAAAGAACGCCUCUUGCCGAGGAUAGUACAUGACAAUGCCCAGUUUAUCACGAAUACAGACUUUGAUGGUGCUACGGUUGGACUGGCAUACGUGGGCACCAUGUGCAGCGAAACUCAUUCCACGGGGGUUAUCCAGGAUCACAGUAAGCCACCUAUCUCAGUAGGGGCUACGGUGGCGCAUGAGAUGGGACACAACCUGGGGAUGAAUCAUGAUAGCAGCUCCUGCACCUGUGACGCUGAAUCCUGCAUCAUGUCAGCCAGCCUCAGUUAUAAAACUCCGAAGUUCUUUAGUAGCUGCAGCCACCAGAACUUCAAAGACUUUAUCUACGAUAAAAUGCCACAGUGUAUGAAGAUCUCUCCCCUGAAAACGCAUAUCCAGACACCGCCAGUGUGUGGCAAUAAGUUUACGGAGCUGGGGGAAGACUGUGACUGCGGCACAGAGGAGGAAUGUACCAAUCCUUGCUGUGAUGCCGCCACCUGCAGACUCAAAGCCACAGCUCAGUGUGCGGAAGGAGAAUGCUGUAAAGACUGCCAGAUUAGGGACGCAGGAGAUAUAUGCAGACCUGCCAAGGAUGACUGUGACCUGGCGGAUAUGUGUGACGGGAAGUCUGCCUUCUGUUCCUCUGAUCGUUACAAAGUCAAUGGAUUUUCGUGCAGAAGCGGAGAAGGAAGCUGCUACAACGGGAAGUGUCCCACUCUACAGAGUCAGUGUACUGCGCUGUGGGGAGCAAGUUCUCAGACGGCAGUCAAUUCCUGCUUCAAUGUGAAUCAAAGAGGCACUAACUAUGGGUACUGUUUGAAGUCUGAGGGCACAUACGUUCCAUGUGAAGCCAAGGAUGUUAAAUGUGGGGUACUUUAUUGUUCUGGUGGUGCUGACAAUCCCAAUCUUUAUGCUUCUGUUGCUGCAUUUUCAAACUGCAAAGCAGUUCUGCAUCCAAACGGAAUGGUUGAGAAUGGAACAAAGUGUGGAGAUGGAAUGGUCUGUUACAGCGGGAAAUGCGUUACCACUGAAAGUGCGUUCAAAUCCACAAACUGCUCAUCCAAGUGCCCAGGACAUGCGGUUUGUGACCAUGAGCUUCAAUGUCGGUGUCAGGAGGGAUGGGCGCCCCCGACCUGUGACACGGCUUCAAGUACCAAUAUUAUCAUCAUCGUGGUGGCGGUCAUUCUUGCCGUUGCUCUUCUGCUUGGUCUUGUGUUAAUGGUGGUGUUCUGCAGACGGUCACGACGCAGGAAGCAGAGUUGUUCUCCACCUACUAUAUCUGGUGCGACCAACCCAUCCUUUGGCCCUCAGGUUCAGCAACAACAGUCUGGUUUCCACGUGUCAACACCUGAGCUCACUACCCGGAACCUCCUGCACCCACACCCAUCACCACCGGCAAAUUCACAGAAGCCACAGAUCUCAUUCACCGGUGGGGACUCGUCCCGGCGCCUCAGCCGAGAUGGUUACCAAGGUCCCCAAUAUUCUGUGGCCUCCAGAAAGGUUCUGUUUGAGAGCAAGCCAACGAGGCCAACCACUGCUCCACCGCCUGUACCUCCGGUCAAACCAGCGGUUCCUCCACCUCCGCCACAGGCACUGAAGCCUCCAGUUCAAAAUUAACACCGACCCUGAAACAACCAACAAGCGCUCGGACAGUCUAGCUAUGCAUAGACUGGCUUUAUGAGUCCUCGGUGGACUGAUCCUUGUUAAAAUGGCUGCACUUCCUCCAGUGGUCAGAGGACUGAGAUGGACAAAAGGCCCCGUCAUCCUUCAAUUUUUAACAAGUUCGCACUGCGGAGAGGGAAAACUAUUUUCAGCAGAUCCGAUAUACCUACUGAAAAAACUUCCAUAGCUUAUCUACUGCCAGGAUCUACAGCCAGGGAGACAUAGUAUCGAUCCUUAUCAUAUAUCAGAGAGAUGGACGUAUAGAUGGAUGUAUAGAUCUAUAAAAUAUCUGGCAACCCCCCCCUGCUUUACUGUAAAACGGGGGCAGAAGUGCUAACUAUAGAGCAGUCAACAAAAUAUAUACCACAAUAGUCCAGACAUUUUUCUUUAAUAAAUAUGGAAGAACUUGCACUAAUAUCGCUUCAUAAUGCUGUUCAGGUUUCAGUUACCCCCUCCCCAUCUCCCUUUAUUGCUACGUUGACUUCUGUCAACCCUC